CUUUCCCUCCCUCAGCUCAGAGAAGAGCCAAGGUUCAGUGUGCGCACUCCACCCACGUCGCAGUUACGCAAAACACCAAAAAAAAUAGCGGGUUUCCUCCGAGAACCAAGAAGGUUUGCAGCGCUGAAGCAUGAGCCGCCGUGUGGCCGUGGUGGGAGCGGGGAGUUCGGGUCUGGUCUGCAUGAAAUGCUGCCUGGACGAGGGGCUGGAGCCCGUCUGCUUCGAGAGCAGCGAUGACAUCGGUGGUCUCUGGAGGUUCAAGGAGAAUCCAGAGCCGGACCGGGCCAGCAUCUACCAUUCUGUCAUCAUUAACACCUCCAAGGAGAUGAUGUGCUAUAGCGACUAUCCCAUCCCUGCACACUUUCCAAACUUCAUGCACAACUCCCUCAUCAUGGACUACUUUCGGAUGUACGCGAACCACUUCCAGCUCACAAAGCACAUCCGCUUUCAUACCAGAGUGCUGAACAUAAAGAAGAGAUCCGAUUUUUCCCGUUCAGGACAGUGGGAUGUGGAGACGGAGAACAAGGAUGGCAAAAAAGAGAAACACAUUUUUGAUGCUGUAAUGAUCUGCAUCGGACAUCACUGCCAGCCUAACCUGCCCCUCCAUGACUUCCCAGGCAUCGAGAAUUUCAAGGGAAAGUAUUUCCACAGCAGAGACUACAAGACCCCGGAGGAAUGGAGAAAUAAGAAGGCUGUGGUGAUCGGAAUAGGCAACUCCGGUGGAGACAUUGCAGUUGAACUGAGCAGAGUCACCAAGCAGCUUUACCUGAGCACUCGAAGAGGAGCCUGGAUUUUGAACAGAGUGGGAGACAACGGGAUGCCCCUUGAUAUGCUCCUAAACAGAUGGCUGAAUACCCUUCGCCACAUCCUUCCCUCCGGCCUUGUCUGCUCCUUAGGAGAGAAGCAGCUCAACAGCAGAUUCAACCAUUCUCUGUACAAUCUGAAGCCCAAGCACAGGUUGUUCAGUCAACAUCCUACGGUCAACGAUGAACUUCCCAACCGCAUCCUGUCUGGGACGGUCCAGGUGAAACCCAACAUCCGCAGACUUCACGGCUCUAGCGUUGAGUUUGAUGAUGGAAGCGUGGUGGAUGAUGUUGACCUUGUGGUGUUUGCAACGGGCUACAAAUUCUCCUUUCCUUUCCUGGCCUCUAAUGUGGUGCCAGUCUCUGACAACCAAGCAUCUCUGUACAAGUACGUGUUUCCACCUGAGCUGGAGCGCCCCACGCUGGCUAUCAUUGGUCUGGUGCAGCCCCUGGGAGCCAUCAUGCCUAUCAGUGAGAUGCAGGCGCGAUGGGCCACAAGAGUCUUUAAAGGCUGCAUAAAGCUCCCUUCGUUAGGCGGCAUGCAAAGAGACAUCCAGUCCAAAAAGGACGACAUGGCUAAAAGGUACGUCAGCAGUCAGAGACACACCAUCCAGGUUGACUACAUCGACUACAUGGAUGAGAUUGCAGACCUGGUGGGAGUCCGACCCAGAAUCUCCAGGCUGCUGCUGACUGAUCCCAGGCUGGGACUGAAAUUGCUGCUCGGCCCCUGCACCCCGUACCAGUAUCGGCUUAAGGGACCUGGGAAGUGGGCCGGCGCCCGCCAGGCCAUCCUUACCCAGUGGGAGAGAGUGGCGCAGCCCAUGCAGACCAGGCCGUGCAAUGAGCCCGAGCCCCGUAGGUCUCUGAAGUGGCCUCUGCUUCUGUCUGCGACCGCGGUGGGAUUGGCAGCCUACUGCCACAGGAGCAGCCUGCCGGGUUUCCUGCAGGAUCCUGCUGCUUUGCUGGACAGGAUGAAGUCCUACCUGCCCACAUACUGAUGCUGAUGUCACUACUGAUUAGUUUGCCUUUAAUUAGUUUUAAUUCACAAACUUCUUUGCAAGAUUUUCAACUAAAGAGCUUUUUAAACUGGCUAAUUAUAAAACUAUGAUUUCAGAAUUCUUUUGUUUCUUUUUUUGACCAAAUAGCUCAUUUGUGUAUACGAUUCUACUCCUGCAGUCCAUGGUUUGUGUAAUGAUAAGAAUCUGUCACACUACAGCCUCUGUUCUCAGGUCAAGUUUCACACUCUCUGCUUGACAGGUUUUUUUUUUUUUGGUUUUGCGUCGCUUUAAAAAAA